GUCGGAUAUUUUAGAAUUAUUGUUUAUUUUACGAGCAUGUAGGACUUGUACAUUUAUAAACAAUUACCUACUGUAUUUGGAGAACAUUUUAAUCUACUAUUAACUUAAUAAACAGGGCGUAUGUAUGAACAAGAAAAAUGAACGUUAUAACAAAGUACAUGGAGUGGGGCAGCAUGGAAAACGCACAAGUGACAAAAAUAAUUUGCAUGUUGUUGGUUCAAGAUUUAAUGUGGAAUUUGAUGGUGCUCAAGGUGAAUGGUGCAAGAAUAUGGGUGUUUAUUUUACAGUCUAUUGCGAAAUAAUUUCAUUCUUUGAUCACACAACAUUCACAGGCUUGUUUUUUCAAAGGGUCUACAUGACAGGCCUGGCUGGAAAGUUUGGAAAUUGUGCACCAGAUUGAGAUUUCAAAAAUUUAAUAGUAGAAAUAUAGAAAGUAUCAAAAUUGCAUGCCAGAUAUAUCUUGGUUACACAAUACAAACGUUCCAUGUGAAUAUUCAUAAUAUAGCUGAUGAGAUCAUGAAAAUGGCAUUUGGCAGUUUUGUAAUAUAGACAAUAAAAUCUUACACCUAGCCCUCAACCUAGCCAUCUUUCAAACCCUAGCCCAGGUUCCUUAUCCCAACCAAAACUCCAAAACCUUGAUGCAUGACUAACCUGCAAUUGAGACCUUUCACAUUGGCCCCCUAUGAAUGGCCCACUAUGGCUAUAUUCUGGCUCACAUUGCAACACAAGGUUGAGUUGGCAGCUAUAAUAUGUUCUUAGAUCACAGAUAUAAUUAAACACUAAAAAUCAAUUUAUUGGCCAGUAAAAAUGUCUGGUGUUUUAGAGACCCCAAGUAAUAUCACAAAGUAGGAAACACAGCAUUAGGCCACAUAAAAAAAAAUACUUGUUUAGUGUCCACCCAUUUUAAUUUUUCUAGGUCAGGCAUGCGGGGUUUUUUCUUCUUUUUUUUCUUUUUUUUUUUCUUUUUUUUUUCGUAAAAUGCAACACAAAAUUCUGCUAAAUGCAGGAAAUCCAGUAUAUUACCACAGUCAAAACUUACUUUAAUUCUUUCAAAAUCUGUUCAUGUUUUUUAAUACAGUUCAUGUUUUUAAUAAAACAGAAAAUUACCGUUUGGCGGUCACACGCGAACACUUUAGCUGCGAACAGGCAUAUUCUGGGAAGGAAACUUUGUGUAAACGUAUUACAUAGCUCCCAGAAGAAUAAAAUACCAUUUUUUCAAGUAAAACGGUCUUUUUUAUAGAGAGUUUUUGCACUAAACUUGGAUGGAUUUUUUAAAAAAAAAAUUGAAGGUCGGGGACUUUUAUCAGGUCGGGCGGGAACGCUAAACAAGUAAUUUUUUUAUGUGGCCUUAAUGCAGUGUGGUUAAUGGAGUGUAUUGCAAUGUGGUCAAUCAAUAGGCAAUGCUCCAUACAUUCAUAAAAUUGGCAACCUAAUCUGUUUUUGUCCAAUAUAGGACAAGAGGUGACAACGAAAGGAAAGAAACCAUCUACAAAAAACAUGCCAAAGAAAAAUGUAAAGACAAAACCUAGUAAACAACAUCAAUUUCCAAUACUGAAAAAAGUAACGAAAAAAGAAAAACUUGCUAAUAUUAAGCUUAGGUAAUUUUGGUAAAUUACAAUAAGCAUGGAAUUAUUUUAAGAUUUUCUUGUUAAUUUGUUUUUUAUGUUUGUUAUUGCAUGAUUUUUAAUUAAAUACAUGUUCCUUUAUAUUACAUUAUAUAUUAUGUGAUAGGCUUCUCUUGUUAAAGUAUAUUUACAAAUGGCAGCAAAAGACAUUUGGAAAAGUUUCACCAUCAAAAGCAAGGUACCAUAUAAUUAUAAUCAAUGACACAAACUGUUAUUAUUAUUGCCAUAGCCUCUCUAUUUAUUACCUGCAUUACCAUUCAAUAGUCAUUUGAUUCAGAAAUUAAAAUCGCCACCAUAAUAAUUACAAUCAGCAUCAUUACCACCAACAUAACCACCAUCCUUACGACCACCAUAAUUUCAACCACUGGUCAUCAUUGCCACCACAGUAAGACAAUAAUUUCAGCCACCAUAACCACCAUCCUUACGACCACCAUCAUUAACAUCAUUGCACCACAUCAUCACCAUAAUUAUAACCACCAUGAUCAUCAUCCUUAACACCAACCAUCUUUACAUCAACCAUGGUCACCAUCAUCACAACCACCAUCAUCACUAUCAUCACCAUAACAACCACCAUUAUUAACAUCAUUACACCUACCAUAAUCAGCAUCAUUACACCUACCAUCAUCACCAUUACCAUCAUUACCACAGUCAGGUACCAUUACACCUACCAACUAGUACCACUAUUACUAUUACCAUCACCAUCAUCAUCACCAUUGUUACAGCCACCAUCAGCACCAUCAUUGCAGCAACCAUAUUACAAUCACCACAGUUAUCACAACCACCAUCGUCACUUUCAUUUCAACCAUCACACCACCAUGAUCAUCACAAAUUAUCUCCUUAUCUUGAUAAUAAAGUUCUACCAUGCUUAUCAAAACAGGCAACAUUACAAGCAGAAAUUACUUAAAAGAUCAUUUCAACAGUGGGAAGAUGUUUGGUGGAAUGGCAGAAACGAAUGGAAACUAAACAUCAGGGCUGAUUAUCACAACCGGUACAAAACCUGUUUGCAAAGUUUUUUUAUAUUUCAAACCAUUACAAACAAAUUUUCCUUGACAAGUUUCAGUAGUCUGGUGUGUACAGUCAACAAGUUUUUCUUGACAAGUUUUGUUGCUGAUAUGAACGGAAGGUCGUAAUUACCUGAGCAAAUUUUCCUUGACCAAAAACUGACAUGACUAGCUUUCGAACAAUGCUCCUUGGCAAAGAAAAUUUGUCAAUUUUUUGCUGUACUCACGAGCAAAUAAAACUCAUAUAUCAAGGAAAACUUACUCGUCUGUUACGAGCGUUAUGUGAAUUACUGUUAUGUGGAAAAAAUCCAUUCUUAUUCCACAUAGGUUUCGUAUGUGGUUGAAGGUUUGGAGAGGUUGGCGUUCAUUUUUAAUACUUAAGAAAAUAAAGAAAUCAAAAGUGAAUCUUGCAAAACAGAAAGGUAAGAAACGACUACUUUUACGACAAAGAUACGGUCGAAUUAAGCUUUGUUUAUUGAACGCUGUAUAUAUAUUCUCAGAUUCGGCCUUUCUCUCCAUCCAGAAGACACACGUCUCAUUUGAGACGUUUGUUAAAAUUUAAAAGCAAAAAUUUACAGAUAUAUUUUAUUCACAGCUGAUCGUAUACUUCUCACAAAAUCCCUUGCGAGUUGGAAAAAUUAUGUUAGCAAACGGCGAAGCAAAAAGCAGUUUUUUCUUCAAGCUCGAGAAGAAGGGGAAAUCGUGGUUAAAAGGUAACAUUUAUAAUUAUUGUACAUUGAAGAAAAAUGACCAGUUGACACUAAGAAGAAAGCUUCGGAUUGAUAGGGUUACAACUAUACCUGUCUGUGAAAAAUACAAGGAGAACUUCGACGUUUCGAGAAGUCGACGUUUUGGGAAUUCAGUAUAUAUAGCUUCCUAGAAAUAGCUUCCCAACGAAGGGCUUCGCUUUUCGGCUUCGCUCGAAACGUCGAAGUUCUCCUUGUAUUUUUACGGUAGUUGCAUCCCUAUCAACCCGAAGCUUUCUUAUACUACACGGCAAAAAACGCCCAGGUUGAUGCAAUACUGAUGAAAACAGGAUUGAACAAUGUUUUGCUGCCCACAUUGUUCAUAGCUGUCAACAAUAUUGAACAAUACUGUUACACCCGAUUCAGGCUCAACAACAUUGUUCAAUAUUGUUGACAAGUGUGAACAACGUGGGCAGCAAAACAUUGUUCAGUCAUGUUAAGCAACGGGCUCGGCGUUUUUUGCCGUGUAUUGGCACUACCUGUACUGGCACAGACCGUUCUAUUGAUACUAGUAUCUUCCGCAGGAGUAUGUUUAUCUUGUCCUUCGACUGUUUAACGAGCUCGAGUGACACUGCAACUUCAGAUGACUCAGUCCUGAUGAAGACACUAACUGUAUAGUGGUGAAACGUUGGUUUGCAAAUGUAACCGCAAACUCAAAAUCAGAUGUCAGAUAUGAUCUCGUUUCUCAUUUCUUUUAUGAUGAACCCAUAACUAGUCGUUUGGAAAUUAUUCAAGCGUCAUGCUCGAUCGUAAUGUUUUCAGAAGUAUAUAAUUAAUAUACGGUAAUUUUCGAAAUGCAAUCAUGUUAACUUUGUUUUGCGAUACCGAACAGAAUGGCAUUUUCAAAGUGGAAAAAUUCCCUCAAAUUCAAACAAGAAGUACAUUUGAUGGAAAAGCAAGCUUUACAUUUUUGGGCACAGACGUUGUUUUAUAAGGUUAGUGCAUGCAUGUUGCUGUUUUUCUCGUGGCUAACAAUGCGCUUGAAUGCUUCCCCAUCCUGCGCGACCAGAUAUGGUUUAGUGUCGUAUGAAGUUGAAGGCACCCCAGUAAGCCUUGGACUUUUGAGCUGCUUGCUAAUAGGUAAAUUUGAACAUUUUUCUUAAGGCUUGGCAAUGCUGGUUAUAUAAAUAUUCAUCUGCUCUCGAAGAAAAACACAAAAUUCAGUAUGCGGUCCAGCUUCACAAUCGAAAACUAGCAUUUAAAGUGUUGCAUUCGUUUAAAUUAUAUGGAAUGCAGAGGAACCUCAAGAAACUACGGCUUU